AUGGACAUCAACAUUGAGAAGUUGAACAAAUUGGCAGCACAAGUUCGCACUGGAGGUCCAGGAUCUGUUCGCAGAAAGAAGAGAGUCGUCCACAAGUCUGGUGGUGCUGCUGAUGACAGACAGCUCCUUGCCAAGUUCCAGUCGCUCGGAAUCAGACCAAUCGCUGGCAUUGAGGAGGUCAACAUGUUCAAGUCCGAUGGUACCAUCAUCCACUUUGACAAUCCACACGUACAAAACGCCCCAAAGACCUUUGUCGUCUCUGGCCAUGCCCAGACCAAGACUCUUCAAGAGCUCUUGCCAGGCAUUAUCUCACACCUCGGUUCGGACGGCCUGAAGAGAUUGGCCGAGCAAUUCGUCACCUCCUCCAGAGCCGUUGCAUCAGAGACAUCAUCUGAUGAUGUUCCAGAGUUGGUUGGCAACUUUGAGUCAACUGCUUAA